AUGGCGAGUUUAAAUCUGCGUGCAUCUGCACAAUCAUCAAUUGUUCGUCUUGGGAAAAUUACCGAGGCGGCCAACUUUGAUCCAGAUCCCAUAGAGUGCGAGGUUAUGCUGGCGCAAGUGAACAAACAUUUUGAAAGGUUUGCAGAGUAUCACGCGGAUCUAGUAUCUCUUGCACAGGCCAGCGAAUUGGAAGCCCGCGGCGGUAAAGGCAAUUCAGAGCCCAAGCCUCCUGUGACCAGUCAACAGGAUAUGCGGUUAGAUCCAAUUAAAAUUCCAGUCUUUGAUGGUGAUCCGGCGAAUUGGUUGUCUUUCAAAGACCUGUUUGAAUCACUGGUCCACAACCGCACUGACUUAGAUUCCAGCUACAAGCUGAGUAAAUUGCGUCAACAUGUCAAUGUAGAUAACGUGCCAUUGGUUGGAGGCCUAUACACCGGUGGCUACGAGGACAUGUGGAAGGAAAUGAAACGUAGGUAUGACAAUAAGCGUUUGUUAGUUGAGUCGCAGGUUAACCGCCUCCUGGAUUUGCCGAAUCACCCGACGGAAUCGCAGAAGACCCUUCUUCGAGUUGUCGACACCGUACAAAACGCUAUGCGAGCGCUAGCUGUAAUAUAUCUUCCAGUAACUCAAUGGGAUGCACUCACAGUGCCACUUCUGCUGCCCAAGCUACCAACUACCACGCGGUAUGAGUGGGGCAUGAGUCUCCAGACUAACAACAUUCCCAAUUUGCAUGACUUCAUAACAUUCAUUGAGAAGCGCGCAAACAAUUUGCUUCAGGCGGCUUCUAAUGUAGCAACGACGCAUCGACAACCAGCAACAUGGUCUGUCAAGGCACAUGUAGCAGCCGUUAAUUCAUAUCUAUCUUCCCGUUCAAGGAAGGCGGCCAGUAUUUCUUGCCCAUUGUGCGCAAGUUCACAUCGCCUUCACAAGUGUCAGCGGUUCCUCAACCUUCCGGUAACAGAGCGCUGGGACACCGUGAAGCGGCUCUCACUGUGCUUCAAUUGCCUCAGCGUCGACCAUGGGGCGCGAGAUUGCCCGUCGCGGGAUUGUACACGCUGCCAUCACCGGCACCACACACUUCUCUGCAGAGAAGACGAUACAGUCAGUGCACCAGCAGCCGAAGUAACGAACACAUCAGUAGUGCCGACUCGUAACUCUAAGCCAGGUAUAUCUGUAGAGCACACGCCGCAGGUAUACUCACGACAACAAUAA